UAUUGGCUGAUGUACAUGGCAUCUGACCCGAAUGAUAGAGCGAAGGUGUCGCCUACUCUCCAGCAAGCUAGUAGUCUUGGUUUGAAAGUGAUAAGGACUUGGGCUUUCAAUGAUGGUGGGUCUAGAGCCUUGCAGGAAUCUCCUGGCCAGUAUAAUGAGGCUACAUUCCAGGGGUUAGACUAUGUUAUAUCUGAGGCCAAGAAGAAUGGAGUCUAUCUGAUUCUGACACUGGUUAACAACUGGGGUGAUUUUGGAGGGAAGAGCAAGUACGUGCAAUGGGCAAGGGACCAAGGACAAUCCAUAAGCUCUGAUGACGACUUCUUUAGUAAUGAGGUUGCCAAAGAAAUAUACAAGAACCAUAUUAAGACGGUUCUCACGAGGGUAAACACAAUAACGGGAGUAGCGUACAAGGAUGAGCCUGCGAUAUUUGCAUGGGAGCUCAUGAAUGAGCCCCGAUGCCAAAGCGACCUCUCUGGCAAAACCAUUCAGGCUUGGGUUCAAGAAAUGGCUUCUUAUGUAAAGUCCAUUGACAGCAACCACAUGCUUGACAUUGGGCUUGAAGGGUACUAUGGGGAGUCGGCUCCAGACAGGAAGCAAUAUAACCCUGGUUACGAGGUUGGUACAGAUUUUCUCUCCAAUAACCAGGUCUCCGAAGUUGAUUUCACUACCAUUCAUUCCUACCCUGAUCAAUGGAUCCCAGGAUCAAGUGAUGAUGCUCAACUUGCUUUCAUGAAGAGUUGGAUACAAUCUCACAUUGAGGACUCUGCAGCACUCCAAAAGCCAUUGAUAGUCUCGGAAUUUGGCAAAUCUUCAAAAUCAUCAGGAUAUACUGUGGAUGUGAGGGACUUCUACUUCAAAACUGUUUAUGAUUCAAUCUAUUCAUCAGCUAAAUCUGGGGGCCCUUGCACCGGUGGACUAUUCUGGCAAGUAUUGGCAGAGGGGAUGGAUGGAUUUAGAGAUGGCUAUGAAAUCAUAUUUUCUGAAUCCUCAUCGACAACAAGUAUUAUCUCCGAGGAGUCUAGUAUGAUAUCUAGCCUUAAUAGCCCAUCCAUGUUUAAAAGAGGUGAAGCUUUGAGGAAUUGAACACUUGAAGUGAUAUGGGAUAUUGAAUCUCCUACGAAGACUACAGAAGAGAAAUAUUAUAAUCAUACUAGAUAAAAUCUCCAUUUAAGUACUAAGAAAGAGAUGAGCUGAUUUCAUCAAUGUGAUGUAUGUAUUCUCUGAAAUAAAGCCAAAUGAGAAAAUAA